AUGCUGCCUUUUACGCUGUUGAUCGCCUGCCUAACCGGAGCUGCUUUUGCAGCAUCGACCUUCUCCCCGGCGCGUCCUCCUGCCAUACCUUUGGCAGUCAGAUCGCCGUACCUAAGUACCUGGCUCAAUGUCGGGAGUGACGGGGGCAAUGGGGGCUACCUGGCCAGUGAAUGGCCAGUUUUCUGGAGCAACCAAAUUACUGGUUGGACCGGUUUGAUCCGCGUCGAUGGCACGGCAUACACAUGGAUGGGCAACCUGCCUGAAGGACCUGCCGUAGUGGACCAGACCUCUUUUGAGUAUACGUCCACGAAGAGCACCUUCACCAUGGACGUCGAUGGGAAGGUUGAGUUGAACAUCACGUUCCUCUCACCACUCGCCCCGAAUGACCUCAAACGACAAUCUUUAAUCUUCUCAUACCUGAAUGUGGAGGUUACUUCAUCCGACGGCGAAUCGCACGACGUCCAACUGUAUUCCGACAUCUCGGCCGAAUGGGUAUCCGGCAACCGAGCCAAUGUCGUGCAGUGGGAGUACGACACUACUGGCGAUGUUGCAUACCACAAGGUCUAUCGGCAAAAUCAACAGAUCUUCACCGAAGCUACCGAUCAGACUGAACACGGCAACUGGUAUUGGGCUACGGACAAUGUCGAUAGCCUGACUUUUCAAUCUGGCGCCGACGAAGACGUCCGCGGCGCUUUUGCCAACGACGGAAAGCUAGCGAACUCUAAGGAUAGCAAUUUCCGUGCCAUCAAUGACCGGUAUCCUGUUUUCGGCUUCGCUGUCGAUCUCGGCUCGGUUGGUUCGUCAAGCAGCAGCACGCUCUUUUCGAUUGGCCUUGCCCAGGACCAAGCACUUCAGUUUGAUGGUGCCGAUGGUUUAGCUCCUUUGCCUUCUCUAUGGAAAAGCUACUUUGACGAUGACCUUGCUGCUCUUUCGUUUUUCCAUGGCGACUACGACACUGCAAGCUCACUGUCAUCUGAGCUUGACGACAAAAUUGCUCAAGAUUCAAUUGGUGCCGCAGGCCAAGACUAUCUCACCAUUACCUCGCUUGCAGUUCGACAAACUCUUGGCGCAACGCAGCUGGUUGGCACCUCGGACAAGCCUUAUCUCUUCUUAAAGGAAAUUUCCUCAAACGGCAACACCCAGACCGUGGAUGUGAUUUACCCGGCGCAUCCCUUUUUCCUCUACACAAACCCUCAGCUGCUCAAGCUCCUGCUGGACCCGCUUUUUGAGAAUCAGGAAUCCGGCCACUACCCUAACAUGUACUCGAUCCACGACCUCGGCACCCAUUUCCCCAAUGCGACAGGCCAUCCAGACGGAAACGAUGAGCAGAUGCCACUCGAAGAGUGUGGCAACAUGCUUAUCAUGUCACUAGCAUACGCACAACACGCCGACGACAACGACUACCUAAGCCAGCACUACACGAUCCUGAAGCAAUGGGCUAGCUUCCUUGUCGACGAAGCCCUGUACCCCGCCAACCAGAUCUCAACGGACGACUUUGCGGGACCGCUGGCCAACCAAACAAACUUGGCGCUAAAGGGAAUUAUUGGCAUCGAAGCCAUGUCCAAGAUCGCGGGACUGACAGGACACGACGACGACGCCUCGUCGUACCACGACACGGCGGUAAACUACGUCGAGAGAUGGCAAGAGCUGGCUAUUGCGGAUGCGACGACCGAAUUCAAGAAGCACACCACGCUGAGCUAUGGGGACAACGAAUCGCACGGUCUUCUGUACAACCUCUACGCCGACAGGGAACUCGGCUUCGACCUCAUCCCGCAGUCCGUCUACGACAUGCAGUCGGAGUUCUACCCCACGGUCGAGCUCACGUACGGCGUCCCGCUCGACACGAGGCAUAGCUACACCAAGAGCGACUGGGAGAUCUUCGUCGCGGCUGUUGCUUCGACCGACACGCGCGACAUGUUCAUCUCCGACCUGGCCAAGUGGGUCGCCGAGACGUCAACGAACCGCGCUUUCACGGACUUGUAUGAUACGGCGUCGGGGGAUUAUCCAGGCUUCUUUUUCGUGGCUAGACCCGUUAUGGGCGGCAUGUUUGCGCUGUUGGCGCUUUAG